AUGAGGCUAGAUUUGCGUGUGCUAACACACGAUGCCGACGUUGGCCGGAGGCUGAUGAUUGCUUGGCUACGGGCGCCCAGCUCUAAUGUUGCGGUACCAACGGAGCCGCUCCACCGCGAUGCGAACUUAAGCCCAAUUACACUCAAUAACAGAGUCGCCAUUGAACUUACUUCAAGAUUGCACAAUUUGAAGCGUUCGAGUGAUGAGAUCGCCAUUACGCGAUUUCUGGCCUACAAUCUUACGUCAUCUAUUCGUCAUAUUCAGUCUGUCAGUCAUUUAAUUGACGGUCAACAGUUGCGAUCCCCACUUCGAAAAUAUGCGACGCUGUACAAAGUACCCAUUGGAAAGCCGCAUCACAAGAUGACCACCUUUGAGCAGUUCUUAUGCCGACUAAAUGCAGAACGCGAAAGAGCGAAACAACAAAUAAAAAUACUUUGCCUCGCGCCAGAUAUACCGAUACGAGAUAAUCAUGCCGUCGAGCUUCGACUGCAUCCGACAUGGUCAUCGAUAGUAUGCAUGCUCGGAGUUCGCUUCCUUAUGGGCGCUGCACCAUCAAUUAGAGGUGACGAAGCGCGAUAUUUUUGCUAUCAAAAGAUAUGA